UCAGGCGAUCACAAUGCGCAGAGCCCUCCGCCCCCGCCCCAUCCAGCGCCGCCCGCCGGCCGCUGAAUCCCCGACGCCCGUUUCUCCCCCAUGGUACGCCGCGCCACGGUCGACGCUCCCGCCCCCGCCUUCGUCCGAGGCCGAUCCCCUCCUCGUCGCCGCGUCCGAGGUCGCGCUCGCCCUCCCCGUCCACCCCGCGCCGCUCCCGGCCGCCGCGCCCGCGCCGCUCCUCCGCCUCCUCCCGGCCUUCACCUCCGCGCACUUCCUCUCCCUCCUCCACCGCAACCCGCUCUCCGUCCCGCCGCUCCCGCUUCUCUCCCUCUUCCGCGUCCUCCUCGCCUCCCCUCCGGGCCUCUUCCGCCACACCCCGGCCUCCUUCCUCUCCAUGUCCCACCAUCUCCACAGCCACCGUCUCCCCCACCUGGCACUCCCCCUCCUCCGUCUGCUGGCGUCUCGCCUCGGCCGCGACUCCCCGCAGCGGCUCCUCACGCAGCUCCUCUCCGCGGUCUCCCCCGAUGACCCGGCCCCUCUCGUGUGGGAGCUCGCCAGAGCCUAUGCCGACGAGGGCCUCCUGCCUGACGCCUGCUCCCUCAUCCUCCUCGCGCUCCGCAGUGGCGUCCGCGUCCCAGUCCCCGCCUGGUCUGGCAUCAUGAGCCGGCUUCACACUGCUCCCGAAGCCUACGCCUUCUACCUGCAGCUGCUCGACGCGGGCGUUCCCCCGGAGGCCAAGCUCUUCAACGUGCUAAUGCGUGACAUGAUUAGAUCGGGCGAGCUUGCCAGCGCGCGGAACUUGUUCGAUGAAAUGCUGAGCAGAGGUGUGCGGCCGACGGUAGUGAGCUUCAACACCUUGAUAUCAGGAAUAUGCAAGGCGGCGGAUCUGAACGGCGCAAACGCUCUGCGAGGGCUAAUGGCGAAGGCAGGUGUCGCGCCAGAUGUGUACACCUACGGUGCUUUGAUGCAGGGGUUGUGCAGGGCUGGGAGGAUACCAGAUGCAGUGGAGAUGUUCGAGGAAAUGUGUGAGAGAGGCGUGAACCCCAACACUAAAUUGUUCACGACAUUGAUAGAUGCACAUUGCAAGGAGGGGAAUGUGGCAGCUGGGUUGGAGUUGUACAGGGAGAUGGCAGCAAGGGGUGUCCAGACGGAUUUGGUGGUGUACAAUGCGUUGGUGAAUGGCUUUUGUCGAGCACGAGAUUUGAAGGCCGCCCAUGACAUUGUGGAGGAGAUGAGGAACACUGGUCUCAAGCCGGAUAAGGUGACUUACACCACUCUCAUUGAUGGCUGCUUCAAGGAGGGGGAGUUGGACAUGGCUAUGGAGAUGAAGCGGGAGAUGUUGAAUGAAGGGGUUGCAUUGGACGAGGUCACUUACACUGCGUUCAUCUCGGGACUGAGCAAGGCAGGGUGUGCAGUUGAAGCAGAAAGGGUUCUGCGCGAGAUGAUGGAGGUUGGUUUGGAACCUGACAACACAACUUACACAAUGGUGAUUGAUGCCUUCUGUAAGAAUAGUGAUGUGAAGACAGGCUUUAAGCUGCUGAAAGAGAUGCAAAAUAAGGGUCGAAAACCAGGAGUUGUGACAUAUAAUGUGGUUAUGAAUGGGCUCUGCAGGCUUGGCCAGAUGAAGAAUGCGGACAUGCUACUGAAUGCGAUGCUUAAUAUUGGGGUGCCCCCAGAUGAUAUAACAUACAACAUUCUUCUGGAUGGACAUUGCAAGUAUGGAAAAGUUAGAGAUGCUGAAGAACUGAAGAGUGCAAAAGGAAUGGUUUCAGAUUUUGGGGCUUAUACUUCACUAAUCAAUGAAGUUCUCAAGAAGAAGCCAAGUAAGAGUUACCAUGAUAAUAGAUAGUUUUGCUGGGUUGAUGCAGUUAUUUUGUACUUCCCUACCUGUAACAACCUUAGAUGUUGAAGAUUGAAUAUGCAAUAUGAAUAUAAUUUGCAUGCUCAGACUGAUGAAUAAUGUGAAUCUACCUCGUUGAGCACUGA